AUGGCUCAAUCACUCCCUGCUAUGAAGACGAACCCCAAGUUCAUCUUUUUCACCGACUUUGAUGGAACCAUCACCCUCUUUGAUAGUGAGUAUUUGUCUCUUGUAACGUCGCCUUCUGCUGCAACUGACAACGUUGGCUUCGGCUACGAGAAGAGACGUGAGGGUAACAUGAACGUCCUGAACGGUACCGAGAGCUUCAGAGACUCCUUCAAGCGCAUGAUGGACAGUGUCAAGAUGCCUUACGACGAGUGCAUCAAGUACGUCUCAGAAAAUGUCAAGCUCGACCCUGGUUUCAACGACUAUCUGCAGUGGGCCAUCAAGAACAACAUCCCCACAGUUGUUCUGUCAUCUGGCAUGGAGCCCAUCAUCCGCGCCAUCCUCGAGAAGCUUGUUGGAGAGAACGCAAAGUACAUUGAUGUCAUCUGCAACAACAUCCAAGCAAGACCUGGCAAGCAGGUCAACGAGGAAGGUGGCUGGGAACUUGUCUACCACGACGACUCUCACUUUGGUCACGACAAGAGCUUGACCAUCCGUCCUUACGCUCAGCUCCCUGCUGACCAGCGUCCUACUCUGUUCUACGCUGGUGACGGGGUGUCGGAUUUGAGCGCUGCUAAGGAGACUGACCUUCUCUUUGCCAAGUCUGGACACGUNGAGGGCAAGGUCUCCGUCCAGGAGGCUGCCAAGCAAGGUGUCGAGGCCUAUGAGAAGGGCCAGGCUGGUGUCAAACCCACCGCCUAA